AUGCUCCGAAAUCUGAUGUACUACGCAGCCCCACUCAGGGCCACGGUCUUCCUCCAUUCUCUCCGCAGGUAUAGCUCUCCCACUUCACUCCCACGACAGCCGGUCCCCGAUCUGCAGAAAACCCUGUCCCGCUACCUACGCUCUCUCCAGCCUCUGGUCAGUGAUGAGGAGCUGGCGAGUACCCGGGAGCUUGUAGAAGAGUUCCUGCGGCCUGGAGGACAGGGAGAAGAGCUCGAGAGGCAACUGCAUCGGAGGGCUGAGCGCACUGACAACUGGCUAACAGACUGGAGACAAGAGUGUAUUUACCUAGAGAAUCACCUACCACUCCCUGUACAUUCCAGCCCGGCUGUCAUUCUCCCCCAGAGGGAAUACAAAGACUGGAGAGGACAGCUGAGAUUUGCCUCCAAACUAAUAUGUGGUGUUUUGGAUUUCAAAGCAAAAAUUGAAAGCCCUGGUGGUCUUGAGGAGCUGUGGCGGGGUCACCCCCUGUGUCCUGACCAGUACCAUAAAUUCUUUGGCUCCUGUAGAGAGCCUGGCUACAAAAGAGAUCGGGUCCUUCUGCAGCCGCCGAACAAAGCCCCACCCCAUCGCGUGACCGUCUGUAAAAACUAUCAGUUUUUUGAGCUUGAUGUCUACAACAGUGAUGGUUCCCCACUGACAGAAGACCAGAUUCACCAACAGAUGCUCUUCCUGCGAGCGCACUCCAAAAAAAACCGACAAGGAGCCAGUGGGUGUGCUCACCACUGACCACAGGAACAGCUGGGGCCGGGCAUACAAUACACUAAUACGUGACCGUCUGAACAGGGAGUCUGUCCGGAGCAUCCAGCGCAGUCUGUUUACAGUGUGUCUGGACGCCACCGCACUGAAAUUCUCUGAAGAUCUGUACAGCAGUCGUACUGCCGCUCAGAUGCUCCACGGCGGAGGGAGCCACGCCAACAGCGGCAAUCGCUGGUUUGAUAAGACCCUGCAGUUCGUGGUGGGAGAAGACGGAACAUGCGGUCUCAUAUACGAUCAAGCAACAGCUGACGCUUCUGCGGUCCUGAGGAUGCUGCGCCAUGUUUUAGACUACUGUUCCAGGGGUCCCAGCUUGCUGCCGCCUCGGACACCCAUCACCAGAGUCCCUCCCCCGAGGAAGCUGUAUUUCAAUUUCCCCCCAGAAGCUAAACAGCACGUAGAGCAGGCCAAGCAGAACCUGGACAUGCUGGUGAACGACUUGGACAUCUGCUGUUUCACCUUUACUGAUUUUGGGAAGAAGUUCCCACAGAAACACAAUCUUAGUCCUGGAGCUUUCCAACAGAUCUCCCUCCAGCUAGCCUAUUAUAGGUUACACGGCUCUCUGUGUGCCACGUGUGAGGGGGUUUCACUCCGAGUAUUUCAUCAGGGAAGAUUGGAUGUUGUGCGUUGUUCCUCCCCUGAGGCCCUGGAAUUUGUACAAGCUGCUGAUGAUCCAAGCAAAUCGGCAGAGGAGAAGCUGGCUCUAAUGCUGAGAGCCAUACAAAGUCACCAAACAGCUAGAGAGCAGGUGUUACAGGGGCAGUCAAUAGAUGGCACUAUCUUGGCUCUGAAGAUGCUUUGUAUCUCUUCUGGGUUGGCCCUCCCCACUCUUCUUAUGGAUACCUCCUAUGCCGUGUCUUCCCACUGGAAGCUCUUCACAGGACAGGUUGCCUCUCCGAUGGACUGUGUGAUGUGCUAUGGGCCGCUCGUCCCUGAUGGUUAUAGCGCCUGUUUCUCCCCCGUCUCAGGAUAGCAUCACCGUGUGCGUCUCAGCCUUUGACUGCUGUCAGGAGACCGAUGCUCAGAGACUGUCAGACAGCCUCCAAGUUGCACUGCGGGACAUGCAUUCCUUCAUUACACAGUGCCGACCUGGGGAGGAAUAA